AUGAAAACAAUAUUCAGUUUAUACUUCUUCUUUGUAAUUUCAACUGCAACUAUGAAAGAUUCAAAAGUAAUAUUGACAGAGAUUGAUUCUUAAAGAACUGGAAGAAUAUUUUUAAAUGCAAUUUAGGUUGGUUUAGCUACUGGAUCACCUGUUCAUGAAAUUUAGAGUUAUAUUAACAAUAUUAGGUAUAAAAAUUAGAAAUAAUGUUAAAAGAUUUAUGAUUGAGUAGGAAUAAAAGGAUGCAGAUCUUUUUAUACAAAAUACUGAAGCAUCUUGUAAUAGGUUGCUACAUGAUUUUGCAACAAACCUAGCUUAUCAUUAAUAACAGUUUAAGGCACACUCAAAGAUAGUNUAUCAAAUUCGAAAUAUGUCUAUGUAUUUAGGAGACAAAAAUAAACAAUAAAAAAACACCUUGAAAGUAAUUUUUGUUAACAUUUAUAAUAAGUAUUUUUUAAUUGAAUUAUCAAUUAUUUCUUUAGUUUAAAAUAUAUCAAUUGAUUGUUAAGAGGUACAUAUCUUCUUUCAUAAUUUUUGA